AAGUACCUCAAAUAUUUGCUCAAUCAACAUAUAUUGUUCAUACUGUGGGAAAUUAUUCUAGAACCACGUUUCAGGCUAAUUCAAGAUUGAGUGGUGAAAUCAUGUGUUACAUAGUUUCGAUUCCCAUUCUCGUUUCUACGGAUGACGCCGCGCCACAUUUCCACGAUUUCUUCACACGACAGUUAAUCCCUCUAUCCCCCAACUCCCUUGCAUUUAUAAAAGUAUUCAACAGCGAACAGUCCCGCUUAAGGAAAUUAAACAUCCGCUUGUUACGAUGUUCUUCUGUCGAACUGGCUUGGUUUAUCGUAUUACCUAUUUUGCUAUUUUUUCUUUUAUGUUUUCUUUUUUUCCUUCGCACCCUCAAAGGUUACGUUCGUCAUUGCAAUCAAAGAGUCAAGAUGCUCAGAAAAAAGCAAGCUAUCCCAGCACCGCUGUUAAUGGUAAUCGUUUCGUUAAUGUCAAUAACAAAUUCACCACCAGUGUCACCGGUCCCGGAAUGACCGCCGGGUAUGGUCCUGGCAGCGGUGGUAGCAGCUCCGAAGGGACACCCACCAAGGUCAUGACCGCCCAUCGAUUACUGACCAAGCUGAAGAUACCACAGAGUCCAAAUUCGGACUCGGGGGAUGAUAUUUUCAUUACCCCGGACGUUACUGUCAUGUCGGACGAGGGUGCCGCGAGUGAGGAUAGAACCGAUUCCGGGUUGGACGAUUUUGGUACUCCUACGUCGGAGGUUCCACUCUCUACGCUGGUUAAAAUAAAAAGUAUGAAUAACUUGUCGGUGACGAAAAGCAACAUAUUCUUCCCUGAAGAUGAGGUGGAUUGCGAUGCUGUGGAUAAGAACCGUACCAUAGGAACUCCCGGACAGCAAAUGAACCUUAGCCGAAUGAAGUCGUUGGGAAACUUGUCGGCAUACGAACGCGAAUUUGGCACAACCCCCGUUGAUCUGCUGAAGCUCAAAAAAGACUUUGAAUUGCGAAGGUUCAGUUGUGCCAAGAUGAAAUCACUGACCAACCUAAACGAUGACAACGAAGACGCCAUGGUGCAGCGAAGGAAGCAAGUCUCCAAAGAAAAUGUCGAUCAAAAAACUAAAAAUUGCAUCGACGAACGGAAGACAGCUUUCCAGAGAAAUGGAGCCGAUCUGCCCAACCGAUUCCAACCGUUCCAGAUGAGGAAUUCCUUCCACAGUGGCAUAUAUCGAAAGAAAGCAGGCGUCGGUUACACCCGCUACAUCGGAAUAGAAGAUGACACGCCGUCUCCUCUGACCAAAAUGAAUUCCAUUCCCAGCUUGAGUGCGACGGAUCGGGUCGAUCUCAAUCCAUUCCUAACGCCCAACAUUGGCCGAAAGCGGUUUUCCACCGCCAGCAACAGCCCCGACGAAAACGACCACUCCCCGGUUGAACUGCGACUCACGCGGAAACUCGCCGAAGACGUCGUUGAUUCCGCGAACCUCCUCCGGACACCCUUCGAACGAAACUUCCGUAAAAGCUCUCCCACCGAAGAUUUCCGCCUGUCGAACCCGACGGCACCAUUCCGACAGUCCGAUAGUAACUUUUACAAUAUCAUUCGAAAUUACCCCAUCGGGAAGUCCUCUUCGGCCAAUCUGGAGUGGCUUAAGCACCGUUCGUCGUACAAUAAUUUCCCCCUGAGUGUGAAACCAACCGUAACUACACCAACGGCGGCACCAACAGGACCCACGCCCCUGAUAACCCCCGCACCCCAAGCGGCCACCGGAACUGUACCCACUUCGCCACAGUCGGCAAAUCAGCACGGUUCUCGUGUCUAUCAUAGAUUCCGAUCAAUAGUGCGAGUGAUUCUUAAUGUAGUCAUUAAAAGACAAACGAAUCAGUCGACAAGCAUUAACAAUAGCAAUAGUACAACCAAGUUAAAGUAAGAAUUGUGUGAAAUCAGUGUGUUAUUGCUCUCCGUAAACUAUCCAAAUCAUUCGCCACCCGAACACAUUCCCACCCACAGACAGUACCGAACGACAAGCGUGUUUUUGCAACAUUUUGUGCGUUUAGUGUGAGACCACUGAGCUAGAGCUCGAAUGCGUUAUUUAGUGCGUUCUCGAUCAUUGCAACAUGAGAAAAUGAAAGCUACUGUAUAUAUUGAACUGUGACCAGUUGUCGACUGUAUAGGGCAUAAAAUAUAGUACAUCCUACUACAUUCAUGUAAUGCUAUGCAAUGACUAAUUCACGUGCGUAGAUGAUAUUUGUAAGAAGUAAUACAAUUGAGUACUAACACGGUUUGUAGUGUAGCACCGAUGCAGUAGUGGAGUAGUAC